AUGAAAGAAAACAGGCAGGAUGCGAAAAGGCUCGCGCAAAUUCCACCGCGCAGCCGAAACAAGGACGGGGACUGCGAGCAACCCGGACAGCCGGGCGUCGCGGUGCAGCACAUCUUAUUACCUACGUCGCGCCGGCGCGAACGCACACACGGAGACUUGCGCCCAACAGAUGCCCCCGUCGCCCGCUCGAUCAGCGCCCUUAGCCCUCUCUCCACAGUGCCCUUUGCGCGCGAAACCCCGCAGAGAUGCCCCCCCAGGCCCGUCUGGCCGAGGCAACCUGGCGCUGCGAUGUGCCUCUUUCGCUGCCGCAAUUUCGCCAGCGGUUCGACACGUGAGAUGGGCCUCGCGACACACCCCCAGAAUGGCAACGCCCGUGUGACGGGCCCUGCGCUCCCGCGUGAGCAGCGAGGCGGCUGGCGAUAUGCGGGCAUGAGAGGUUUUUGUUGGGAGUUUCUGUGUGUCCGUCUCGAGGGCGGUGGUGGUUUGCAUCGUGAGGUGAUAGACCUUGAGCAUCCCGCAGCGACUGUCGCUGCAUGUUCGCAUACACCUGCUGGAGCAUGGAAUCCGUGUCUGCGAUUACGCUUUGCAGAGCCCAAAUGCCGCUGCUACCCUGCACACUGGAGCUCUCAAGACAUUCACAUAAGAAUCACCCAGGCACUACAAUGCUGUGUGGUUGAGGCGUUCGUUGAGGAGUCGGGGUCAGACUUCCCAUUAAGCCACCCUGUUAUUUCAGAUCAAAGGAGGAACAACCGUGCUGUAGAUAUUGUCCGACAACGCCACAAAGCCACCGUUGAUGCCUCACGCUGCUCAACACUGCCCAACUCAGCUCCGCAACAAGCCCAGAGUCACCCAACCCAGCCGCCUUGCAUCAACCACACCCUCCCUCCCUUGCCCGAAUCCCGAUCAUCUCACUCAUCGAAACACGCCAACGCAAGAAGCCGCCCCAUCCGCGCAAUGACCUCAUCGCUCGCCCGCUACACCCUCGUCUUCUACGCGCCCCCGGCCGCCGUCGCCGCCUGCAAGGCCGCCAUCUUCGGCGCCGGCGCGGGGCGCUACCCCGGCGCGGGCAACUACACCGAGUGCUGCUGGUCCGCCGCCGGCACGGGCCAGUUCCGACCCGGCGACGCCGCCAACCCGCACAUCGGCACCGUCGGCGCCCUCGAGGAGACGCCCGAGGUGCGCGUCGAGACCCUUUGCGUCGGCACCGACGUGGCACGCAAGGCCGUAGAGGCUCUCAAAUCGUCGCACACCCGUACGAGGAGCCAGCCUACCAGGUAUAUAAGAUGGAGGAUAUGUGAUUUCGCCUGCGUAUGA